AUGCCCACUGUGACCGUGACCGAGUCGGGCGACACGGUGACGACCACGACCACACGCUCUGCAGCGGCUUCGGCCCGGCGACGCUCCUCGCGGGGUCGUCCAAAACGGACCCGGGUCAAGAGCUCGCGGCGGCGGCGGGCAAAGGUCGCUGCCUGCAGCAACAGCAACAAGCUGGAGGACGCAGUCUUGCGCGAGAUCGGCCGGCUGCGGGCCGAGGUUGGCAACGAACUGUCCAACAUGGGCCAACAGCUCGACAUCAUCAACGACGUCCUGCUCCUCUCGCCGUCCACGUCCACUGUCGGGCGGGACGGCGAUGACAGUGGUGACGACCACGACGUCUUGGAGCCUCACUCCGAUUUCGAGAGCUACCUCUCGGCGGCGUCAAGCCCUAGCAUGGCGCUCAGCGACGACUCGCUCACGUCGCCGCGACCGCUCCCACCGUCACCGGUCCCUCACCCCUCCUCGCUGCGGACAUGCACCCGAUGCGGCGAGACCGAGUCUUCGUCGCCAGCGCGGUGCGCCUUCCAUCCGGGCCUCAUCUCGCUCCCGACCCUGCCAUACCCGUGA